GCUGAUACGAAUCGUUAGAUAUUGUAAUCAUCAUCAAUUCAUUGAUAAAUAUCAACACAAAAUUCAGUUCUUUGUGAGGAUUUUUUCAUAUCUGACGUUUUGAUAAAAAUAUAGAACCCGGAUUUCGGUGGCAGUGAAUUCGGUGUUGUUUGAAGAAAUAAAAAUAUUGGCUCUGUGUUUGUUUUGGUGGUGUAUACAAGUGUGGUCAAUGAUACAGUAUAACCCUGUGCAUUAUAUGCUAAAAUUUUCUUAAUCAUCGUGUCAUCCAAGUGUUACCUACAUGUUUGUUAAAAGAUAGCAAAAUGGGGUUACGGAGGUGGACUAUACUAUUUUUGCUUAUUUUUACGGAAUAUUUCGAAACAAAACUUACUGCUUCUGCUCAAGGAUGUUCCGUUGGAGAUGGAUCGAGUUUUGCCAUAGAGAUCUUGGACGUACAUGAAGGCAUUAUUUUUAAUUUGGAAACUUCAGGCGUUAUCGGCUUUACUGUCGCUUAUGGUCAACCUAUAAGAGAUCCUCCAUAUUUUGACAUGGUCAUCGAGGACUCUCGAUUUUUGAUGACACCCAAUGAAAGGUUCUCGCAAUAUGAGGAAAAUGAGAUUUCGUCAAUAAUUGACAUCAUAACAACGUUUCGAUGCAGUGACGGUAUGAAUAUUUUGCGGACUUUUACAAUUCAAUUAAUAGAUACUAACAAUCAUGCCCCAGUGUUUAUACCACCACCGGGUCACUACCAUUACGUCCUCGAUGCACCAACACCACCAGGAUACCAUGUAACUGGCUGCUUGUCCGACCUAAUAGCUCGAGAUGUCGACCUCACAACCGAAAAAAUUAUAUUUGAAAUUGAAGAUAACCCGUUUUUCAGUAUUACGUACAGUGCUGAAAUGUCAAUAGAUGGAAGUAAAGAAUUUAAAGCUAUAGUUACUACUAAAACAUUCGUAAGAAAUUUUCCGCAAGAAAUGACAUUACAUAUUAAAGCUACAGACGUCCACGGUACACCGGGACAAGGGGUACAGACAACAAAUGGUCAAAUUACUAUUACAGGCAAUAAAAACUUUGUGCUCCCCGAUGAACCAGUAUUUUCUAAAACUAUGUACACGGGUAUUUACACAACUGAUUUACCGAUUAACCAAGUUGUGCUAGACGAACUAAUAUCUCUACAACAUGGUUAUGACGACCUCGUGCGCUUUUACAUUGAUGGCCCCUUCAAGGACAAUUUUAAGCUUGUCCCGCUACCAGAUCAGGUGAAUCAGAUCAGGAUUGAAGUGGUGGUUCCACUAGAAGAAGAUUAUCUUUUACAAGAAAGCAUCGCCCUCGAAAUAAUAGCUGAAAGAGAAUUUACCAGCGGAACUUCAGCAACAGUGAUCUUACAGUUACCUCGAGGUAAUUGCAUUAAAAGUUUAAACGCAUAAUAACAGUAUUUUUUAUUUUUAACCGACUUCAAAAAAAGGAGGAGGUUCUCAAUUCGAUUGUAUUUUUUUUUUUUUUUUAUUUUUUUUUUUAUGUUUG